UGGAGGCGGCUUCGCUUUCGCCGCUUCUCUCUCUCCCAAGAUGUCGGCGCUGGCCGUGGCCACCGCGGCGGCUGCCACUGCGGCGGCCGUAACCGCCGCGCGCUCCGAGAGGCAGGGCAGCCCGGCUUCGUCGCGGGGCUUCUACUUCAACACGGUGCUGUCGCUCGCCCGCUCGCUGGCCGUCCAGAGACCCGCCCCGCUCGAGAAGGUCCAAAAACUUCUCUGCAUGUGUCCGGUGGACAUCCAUGGGAUUUUUCAGCUGGACGAACGCCGCAGAGAUGCUGUGAUUGCACUGGGAAUUUUUCUAAUAGAGUCUGACCUGCAGCACAAGGAUUCACUCAUCCCUUAUCUUCUCCGGCUACUGAGAGGCCUUCCCAAAGUGCAGUGGAUUGAAGAAAGCAAUUCGCGAAAAGGCCGAGGCACCCUCCCAGUUGCAGAAAAUUUCAGCUUCUGUUUGGUGACCUUGCUGUCCGAUGUGGCCUACAGAGAUGCAUCUUUAAGAGAGCAGGUUUUGGAGCCAAUUUUACAAGUGCUGCAAGUUCUCUUGGGAAUGUGUCAGUCUCCACAGAUCCAGGACAAAGAAUAUUUGUGCAAAUACGCCCUGCCUUGCCUAAUCGGAAUAUCCCGGGCGUUUGGUCGCUACAGCCACUCAGAAGAGGCUCUGCUGUCCAAGCUUUUCCCCAAAGUGACCCCGCAUUCCCGCCGGGCCUCCAGCGAGCUAGACGGGAUUCGGAGGCGUUCCUUCAACGACUUCCGCUCUAUUCUUCCCAACUCCCUGCUGACUGUCUGCCAAGAAGGAUCUUUAAAGAGGAAAACAAGCAGCGUUUCCAGCAUCUCACAGGUCAGUCCUGAUCGCGGGAUCCCUCCGCCUGGUUCUCCGGGAGGAACGGCUAUACAGUAUUUUGAAGGUUCCUACCUGCCAGAUGGAAGCGCAGUCGAUCCCGAAUAUUAUUUCUCUACCAUCAGCUCCAGUUUCUCUGUUUCGCCCCUCUUUAAUGGGAUUAGUAACAAGGAGUUUAACAUUCCGCUAGAAAUGCUUCGCCAGUUGUUGAACAUGGUCAAGCAAAUAGUUGGGGACUCUGUUCUCAAAAACCUGGAUGCAGUGGCAACUGAAGUUAUCGAGGCCAAUCCGCACGUUGAGCUCUUCUACAAGAUGUUCAGCGACUCUCUGUACGUUGCUCAAUUCAAGAUGCUGAGAGACACCCUGUACCAUAUGAAAGAACUUCCCAACUCUUUUGUGAAAGAAAUUCACGAUUUCGUGCUGGAACAAUUCAACACUAGCCAGCCGGAACUUCAGAAGCUCCUUCACGAAGUCGAUAAAUUGCACAACGAGCUGAAUCCGCUGAAAUUGCGUUGCCAGGCGAACGCCGCCUGUGUGGACCUCAUGGUUUGGGCUGUGAAAGAUGAGCAAGGGGCAGAAAACCUGUGCAUCCGGUUGUCCGAAAAGUUGCAGUCCAAGACCUCCAGCAAAGUGAUCAUCGCCCAUUUGCCUCUUCUGAUCUGCUGCUUACAGGGUCUCGGCCGCUUGUGCGAGAGGUUCCCCGUGGUGGUUCACUCGGUCAAUCCGUCUUUGCGGGAUUUCCUUGUGAUCCCCUCUCCAGUCCUGGUGAAAUUGUACAAAUAUCACAGCCAGUACCAAACAGGUACCAAUGACAUCAAGAUCAGCAUAACCAACGAGCACGCCGAGUCCACGCUGAGCGUAAUGUCGGGCAAGAAAAACGAGGCCUCCAUGUACGAACAGCUCCGGGACGUCGCAAUCGAUAACAUCUGCAGGUGUUUGAAAGCCGGGCUGACCAUCGAUCCCGUCAUCGUUGAAGCCUUCUUAGCCAGUUUAUCAAACCGUCUCUACAUCUCCCAAGAAAGUGACAAGGAAGCCCACCUCAUUCCAGACCACACAAUCCGUGCACUGGGCCACAUAGCAGUGGCUCUGAGGGACACCCCCAAAGUGAUGGAACCCAUUCUCCAGAUUUUGCAGCAGAAGUUCUGCCAGCCACCGUCUCCUCUUGACGUGCUCAUCAUUGACCAGCUGGGCUGUUUAGUUAUCACCGGAAAUCAAUAUAUUUACCAGGAGGUGUGGAAUUUGUUUCAGCAGAUCAGCGUGAAAGCAAGCUCCAUUGUAUACUCUGCGACUAAAGACUAUAAAGAUCACGGAUACAGACACUGUUCCUUAGCUGUUAUUAAUGCCCUGGCUAACAUAGCUGCAAAUAUACAGGAUGAACACCUUGUGGACGAGCUGCUGAUGAAUUUGUUGGAACUUUUUGUGCAGCUGGGGCUGGAAGGAAAAAGGGCCAGCGAGCGGGCCAGCGAGAAAGGGCCCGCACUGAAGGCCUCCAGCAGUGCAGGCAACCUCGGAGUGCUGAUCCCUGUUAUUGCUGUGCUCACCAGACGCUUGCCACCAAUCAAGGAAGCCAAACCACGGUUGCAGAAACUCUUCCGCGACUUCUGGCUGUAUUCGGUGCUGAUGGGAUUUGCCGUGGAGGGUUCAGGUCUUUGGCCUGAAGAGUGGUACGAGGGUGUUUGCGAGAUCGCCACCAAGUCCCCCCUCCUGACUUUCCCGACGAAAGAGCCCCUUCGUUCUGUCCUUCAGUAUAACUCUGCCAUGAAAAACGACACCGUCACUUCUGCUGAACUGAAUGAAUUGAGGAGCACCAUCAUAAAUCUACUGGAUCCACCUCCUGAAGUGUCAGCCCUGAUCAACAAGCUGGAUUUCGCCAUGUCUACUUACCUGCUUUCCGUCUAUCGCCUAGAAUGCAUGAGGGUUCUACGUUCAACAGACCCAGAUCGUUUCCAAGUCAUGUUUUAUUACUUUGAGGAUAAAGCUAUCCAGAAAGACAAAUCAGGUAUGAUGCAGUGCGUGGUAGCCGUUGCAGAUAAGGUGUUCGAAGCUUUCCUUAGCAUGAUGGCAGACAAACCUAAAACGAAAGAAAAUGAAGAAGAGCUGGAAAGACACGCUCAGUUCUUGCUGGUCAACUUUAACCACAUUCAUAAGCGAAUAAGACGAGUUGCAGACAAAUACUUAUCGGGUCUCGUAGACAAGUUCCCUCACUUACUUUGGAGCGGAACGGUGCUGAAAACUAUGCUAGAUAUUCUCCAGACUCUCUCCCUCUCUCUCAGCGCAGAUAUCCAUAAGGACCAACCGUAUUAUGACAUUCCAGAUGCCCCAUAUAGAAUUACUGUCCCUGAUACCUAUGAAGCCAGAGAGAGCAUUGUGAAGGAUUUUGCCGCCCGGUGUGGCAUGAUCCUCCAGGAAGCCAUGAAAUGGGCCCCUUCCGUCACCAAAUCUCACCUGCAGGAAUAUUUGAACAAGCACCAGAACUGGGUGUCAGGCCUGUCACAGCACACUGGGUUGGCUAUGGCAACCGAGAGCAUUCUCCACUUUGCAGGCUACAACAGGCAAAAUACAACCCUGGGGAUCACCAAAGCUACAGAAAAACAUUUCACAUCAGCAUAA